AUGAUGAGGAUCUCUGCAUCAGUCCUGGACAUGGAGAUGGCAAAUUAUAGUGAAGUCUUAGACCCAAGUUACACAAGUUUGGAGUUUGAAACAAUGCAGGUCUUGUAUAAUGGCAGUGAUAGUUGUUCAACAGAAGCUCUCAAUAUGAACACUGCAGACAAUGGAGUUGGUGGCCUUUGUGCAAUAUGUGGAGACAGAGCGACAGGCAAGCAUUAUGGCGCUUCCAGUUGUGAUGGGUGCAAGGGGUUCUUCCGACGCAGCAUACGCAAGAAUCACGUUUAUACCUGCAGAUUUAGCCGGCAAUGUAUUGUUGAUAAGGACAAGAGAAAUCAAUGCAGAUACUGUCGUUUAAAAAAGUGUUUCCGUGCUGGGAUGAAGAAGGAAGCUGUGCAAAAUGAACGGGACAGGAUAAGUACAAGACGGAGCACAUCCGACAGCAGUAACAGUCCUUCUAUUAACACGUUGUCCCAGGCUGAAGUGCUUUCUCGUCAGAUCCCUGUUUCAAGCCCCAGUGCUGGUGAUGAUAUCCAUGCUAAGAAAAUCGCCAGUAUUAGUGAUGUCUGUGAAUCAAUGAAGCAACAACUCUUGGUUCUUGUGGAGUGGGCAAAAUAUAUUCCAGCUUUCUGCGAAUUACGACUGGAUGAUCAGGUUGCUCUGCUGAGAGCACAUGCCGGAGAACACCUGUUGCUGGGAGCAGCAAAGCGCUCUAUGGUUUACAAGGACCUUAUUCUUUUAGGCAACAAUUUUGUCAUCCAUCGCAACAGUUCUGAAAUGGAGAUCAGCCGAGUAGCAAACCGGAUUCUGGAUGAGAUAAUACGACCAUUUCAAGAAAUUCAGAUUGAUGACAAUGAAUACGCCUGCCUAAAAGCCAUAGUCUUCUUUGAUCCAGAUGCAAAAGGACUGAGCAACCCAGUGAAGAUCAGGAACAUGAGAUUUCAAGUCCAGAUCAGUUUGGAGGAUUACAUCAAUGACCGCCAGUAUGACUCCAGGGGACGGUUCGGGGAGCUGCUGCUACUUCUGCCUACUCUCCAGAGCAUCACCUGGCAAAUGAUUGAGCAAAUACAGUUUGUGAAGCUGUUUGGAAUGGUUAAAAUUGACAGUUUGCUUCAGGAAAUGUUACUAGGAGGCACAUCCAACGAUGCUACAAAUCUUCAUCCAGUUCAUCCUCAUCUAGCCCAAGAUCCACUCACUGGACAAACUCUGCUUAUAAGUUCAGUGUCUGCUCCCGUACAUAUGGAACAGAUAUCGACACCUGAAACUCCACUACCUUCCCCUCCACAAGGCUCCGGCCAGGAAUACAAGAUGCCUUCAAACCAAGUUACGGUUAUUUCUCAGCAAUCUCUUCCAAAACAAAAGACAUUGUGAUAUCGAUCAAUACUACUUUUGGUGGCACAAGCACUGUAUUAAAACAUCGUGACACUGGAUACUGAAAACUCAGGAUAGAUAAUUUAGACCUGCUAUUAAAGAGACAAAUACUGUUCCAUUUGGAGACGGGUUUUUCAUCAUCUUUGCUGGCUUUUUCUCUC